AGGAGCGCCACUUCUUCCUCCUCGUCAAGUAGUAGUCGGGCCGCCUCCUCUUCUUCGUCAACCAGCAGCAGCGGCGCCUCUUCGUCGUCGGGAUCGACCACGGAGCGUUUACGACAACCGCGGUCAGAAGCAGCGCAGGCACUCUUCACUGGCGUGUUCGGCAACACGAACAAGCGGAAGCGAUCACGCGAAGAGUAGGUGCGGGAUGUAAGCGCUGGAGCAUGAUUGAACUUCGAGUAAGUACUACGUACGUACUUAGCCAUCUGACACGCACCAAAGCAGUGCGCGCGUACUUAGACGUAGAAAAUACGUGGGAAAGCAGUGUAGACAGCUUGCAAUGCGCGGGGGCUCGUGGGGUCUAUGGGAACAGACAGCAAAAUAAAAAAAGCCCGGGUAGGAAAAAUGCAUUUUGCGUUUUUUCCUACCCGGGGUUUUUAUUUUCAAAACCCCGGGUAGGAAAUAUUUAUCAGCUGUUGCCACCCUUACAGACGAGCAGAGCAGCGGAUAAAUAUUUCCUACCCGGGGUUUUGAAAAUAAAAACCCCGGGUAGGAAAAAACGCAAAACUCAUAUUUCCUACCCGGGCUUUUUUUUUUCAGAACCUCGUAUAGCCCCUCCGAAAUCUGGGCGGCGCGGCAGCGCCGCGAAAAUUUUUUUUUUUGCAUCGCGGAGAGCUAUGCGAGGUUUCGAAAGCCAGAACCUCGUAUAGCCCUCUCAAAAUUUCGGCGGCGCGGCAGCGCCGCGAAGAAUUUUUUUUUGGAUCGCGGAGGGCUAUGUGAGGUUUUGAAAGCCAGAACCUCGCAUAGCCCUCUCAAAAUUUGGUCGGCGCGGCAGCGCCGCGAAGAUUAUAUUUCCUACCCGGGCUUUUUAUUUUCAAAACCUCGUAUAGCCCCUCCGAAAUCUGGCCGGCGUAGCAGCGCCGCGAUGAGUAUACUUCCUACCCGGGCUCUUUAUUUUCAAAACCUCGUAUAGCCCCUCCGAAAUCUGGUCGGCGUUGCAGUGCCGCGAGGAGUAUACUUCCUACCCGGGCUUUUUAUUUUCAAAACCUCGUAUAGCCCCUCCGAAAUCUGGGCGGCGCGGCAGCGCCGCGAAGAAUUUUUUUUUGGUUCGCGGAUGGCUAUCCGAGGUUCUGAAAGCCACAACCUCGCAUAGCCACCUCGAAACUUGGGUGGCGCAACAGCGCCACGAAGAGUUCUUUUCUGGAUCGUGGAGGGCUAUGCGAGGUUCUGAAGGCCAAAACCUCGGAUAGGCUCCUAAAAUCUGGGCCGGGGCGAAAGUUUUCGGGCUGCGCCCGAAGCUCCUUAUGCAAGGCUAGCCUCCUGAAAUUUUGGGCUGCCCGGCCGCUUUUCCGCCACUUUUUACAAAAGAAAAGUCCCCGCUUUCCGGAGCGGCAACCCUGCAGCACAAAGCAUUGGCUUCCGCUGUGGAAGGAGCGGCUUUUGGAUGUCAAGCGGGGCGCCUUGUGUGUCCUCGGCGGGGCUUGGCACGCCAUCGAACCCUACCCCGCCCGAGUCCCCGGCCCGCAGCAUGUCCACGCUGGGCUGCGCCAGGGCUUGCGCGGCUCAGUACUUGGAUGCGAUGUGUAAAUUAUGGAAUAAGUACUCCGCCCCUCAAGUGCUCCUGCCUCCUGGCUU